CGGUAACAUCGGAGCUUAUCAAUACUACUACUAUAAUUUAGCCCCAGGGCCUGUUUAAUACCGGGUUUCCCUACAGAGAAAUAAGUGCAUAUUAAAUAAAAUUUCCAUAUAUUGAUUAUUUUGGAGUAAAUAAGAUAUAAAUCGAUGCAUAUACAACUGCAGGAAGCUAGAACAAAUGUUUAUGUCUGGAACGACGAGUGUCUCUUUCCUUUGCCGUUUAAUCGUGUACAAAGCAAGAAGCAGAAAUGCGAUGGCAAAGUAAAAUCUAUGGACAGACAGUUUUACAAUUGGAAGAGGACAGACAUCCUUUAAUUCUAUACAAGAAGCCUAGUUUGAAUUUUAAUUUUCGAGGCAAACGUUGAAUAUGAAUCUUGAAUGAUACUACACCAAAUUCCUAAGUAUUUGUAUGACUCAGCAAGAGUAAUGUGGGUUCUAUUUAAAGUUUUAAUGGCAGGAUAGUCAGAGUCACUGGUGGAGGUGGAGAAUACCAUCUACUUGGUCUUUUCUGCAUUUAAAACUAGUUUGUGAUUAAGGAGUGAUAAUUGGAAAGCCUCAAAGGCAGACUGAAGAUGAGUCAGGGCCUGGGCUGAGAUGGAGCCCGCGGCAUGUAAAAUUGUAUCAUCUGCAAAAAAAUGGACGUUGAAGUAUUGAUUAGGAAGAAUUAUGUUAUUUAUGUAUAUUGUAAACAGCAAUGGACCAAAGAUAGACCCCUGUGGCAACCGUUUCUGAUGGUAAGAUCGCUUGACUGAGAACCAUCAGCAACAACAGUCUGAGUUCUCUCUGUAAGGUAAGAGUGGAAUCAAUUAAGCGUGGCUUCAACUAGACCUAAAGACUGUAGUUUGUGGAGUAGGAUUUUAUGAUUGACAGUAUCAAAUGCUUUUGAGAGGUCAGUAAAGAGAGUGGCACAUCAUUGUUUUUUAUCGAGGAAGGAGACAAUGUUAUCAGUGACUGAAACUGCAUCUGUUAUUGUGCUGUGACCCGGGUGAAAACCAGACUGUUGUGGCUGUAGUAACUUUAAUGAAUCAAUAAAGACGUGUAGUUGAUUCUAGGAUCUUUGCUAAGAAAGGAAGUUUAGAUAUUGGACAGUAGUUGUUGAGAUCAGAGAUAUCACCACUUUUGUGUAAGGAUACUACUAAGGUGCUUUUCCUUGAAGCUGGAAUCAUGCCUGUUAAAAAGGUUUGGUUGAAAAUAUGUGCUAAAUGUGAACAGAUUAAGGGGGCACUUUGAUGAAGAAUAUAUGGGUCAAGAUGAUCUGCACCAGUGUCUUUGCAUGUUUUUAAUCUAAGCAGAGUUUACCAAACUAAAAGAAAAUUUGCAAUCAGAGAAGCUAAGGCUUUGGGGACUCCCUCUGCUGGACAGAUAUGGUAAUUGUCUACAGUUGAAUCUGCAGACAUGUAAAUAAAAGACCAGAGGAGAGGAAAUGGUGAUUAAAAGCUUCAACCUUCAACUUACACAUAAUAAAAUCACAACUCAUGCCUUGAGGUAGAUUGAAGAAGAUUGUUUCUUCUGAUGAAAUGUAUGAUAGCUUUGAUAAGCAGCAAAAUUAAGCUUCAGGCAUGGCAGAACAGGAGUCCAAUCAGCUUCAUGACAGCCCACUCAAACAUGAAUAUUCAUUUCUGUCAACACUAAAUAAAUGAACAGCAUAAAGAUACCACUGACCAGCAACAGCCAAAGAAAACUAAGCUCAGGCACCAAUGCUAAUACUGCAUACUGUAACUGACAGCAUCAGAAUAGCAGAAAGUAGCAGACAGUAGACGCCAAAACAUUAACCACAAACAGAUGAGCGGAACAGUCAGUAGACCAGCAGACUGGGAGGCCUCUUGGCGCAAAUUGCAAAGCACACAAACACCAACUGAGCAGAGCCAAAGCAAAACACAACUCACGUUAAGCAUGUUAGAAAAACCAGCAAACUUAGCUUGAUGAAGCGAAGGUUUGAUCCUCGGCAUCUGAGCGAUCGCCCCAAAACUCUGCUUGUCCGGCUGGAAGUGCAGUUUGAAGCCGACAGUUGAUAAGACCAACGCUCGAGAAUGGAAUCACCGAAUACAACGCCAUUAUUACUUCAUAAAGGACACGACAGCUGUUAGCAGGGCUGAGGAGUGGAGGCAGAGGAAGGCAGAGGUGUGCUGGAUGGGGGCCACAGCCAGGCCUGAUGGCAGGAGCCCAGAACACAGUACGCUCUAAUCACGUCCUCUAGGUGCCUCCGAGGUGCUACAGUUCCCCUGAGGAGACACUGAAAAGGUUGUGUGCCCAUGAGGUCGUCUAUGCUGGUCCUGUUCCUCUUCUUCAGUGCCCGGGCUAUGGCCGCCAUCAGAGGGGACUCGUGUGCAGCCACGACAGCACAGCAGCAGGAUCCAGGCAUCAACCCCAACAUCAUCCCCACAGUGGACCCCAAACUUUUCACCAAGCGCCGCUACCUCUCACCCAGGGUGCUCUUCAGCGCUCAGCCCCCUGAUGCAGAGCCGGCAGGUUCACAAGGUGCCGGCAGGAGGACCCGCAGGGCAGCGGGGAAGCCUCAGCACCGCGGGGUGUACUCAGUGUGUGAGAGCGUCAGCGUCUGGGUGGGUAACAAGACCAAGGCCACAGACAUCUCAGGCAACGAGGUGACAGUGCUACCAGACGUGAACAUCAACAACGUCAACAAGAAGCAGUACUUCUUUGAGACGACAUGUCACAGCGCCCGCUCAGGCAACUCGGGCUGUUUGGGAAUCGAUGCGAGACACUGGAACUCUUACUGCACCAACUCACACACUUUUGUACGAGCGCUGACUUCCUUUAAGAACCUGGUGGCUUGGAGGCUCAUACGCAUCAACGUGGCCUGUGUGUGCGUGCUCAGCCGCAAGUCAUGGCGACAGUAAAGACUUUAUCUGCACAUCACAUCAGACUUACACACUCAAAAGGUCAAAUACAAAACAUACUGUACACACUCAUACAUGUCACACAGACAUACUCAUGCUAACGUGCAGAAAGUUAUGACUUUCUCUGCAUAACUUUAUCACCAAAGACUUCUCACCCUCUGCACAAAGUAAAUUAUUGGUAUAGGUCAAAGUAUCAGGACUGCAUGUACAGUAUAUAGACCAGGCCUGGGUCAAAUAGUAUCUGCAGCUGGUUUAUAGCUUCAGUUUUAUCUGUUUGGAGUACCAAACAUUGAGCUGCUGUCACUUAACAUCCGUCUAUCUUCGCUGUGGUUUAUGACAGGUUCAGUUUGCAGAGGUUUAGAUGUUGGACCUGAUUGCUUUUUCAAACAAGACAAGAAUUUACCUUACAUCUACAUAUUAUCAAUACUAUACAUUUAAGAAAUACUUAUAUUCUACACAGUGAUAUGUUAUUCUGGAAAAAGCAUAUAUUAUUUUUUUAGUCCUUAAUAUCUCCAGUACCAAUCACCACGUGAAACAACAACAGUGUAAUAUAUUUAUUAUAAAUAAGGAUUGAUAAUAUGGAUGGAAUAAUGGGAAACUGGCGACAAUGGAAACAAGAAAACCACAUUGACAUAAAAGAUGCAUGAAAAGUGACUCCUACAAAAUAAAUGCCAGCUUUAUUCAAACAUAAAGAAUGCAAAAAAAAGGAAAAAAGAAAGUGAAGUCACAUCCUACCAAAUGUUGAAAUCAUAUUCAAAUAAUAGGCUAAGACGAAUUCUCUUCUGAACUAUAUUAUACAUUUUUCAUCAUGAGCCAACAUAUUUUGUACAAUCUCAACGCAUGUAGUGAAGGGACCUCUGCAGGUCUCUUAAAGUUGAGAGAGUUUUUAAGUUGUAAGAAAUUUGAUAAAUAGCAUUCUUACGUUUGCGUGUAGGAGUAAAAGUAGAGGGUUUUUAUCUUUCACUUCGCUAUACACUGGUGAUUCAGACUCAGACAGAAAAUGGUAAUUAAGGAAACUGCUUUCAGCUGUCUGAUUUUCCAUGAUCACUAACUGCUAUGGAAAGAUUUCAGAAAUACCACUGGAACAAUAUACAGUGUGUGCUUUAUCAUUUAUAGUCCAGUUAUACUUUGCUUUUGGACCCUACUGUAUAUAUAUAUAUAAUAUUUUCUAAUACUGGCUAAAUUGGUGACAAACUGACCUCAUGUCUGCAGGUACUGGACUUGUGCUGCUCCAUAAAGAGCAGACGUGACACCUUGUUACUGUAAAUGUAAUUUACACUGUAAUGUAAUCAGACAUUUGCCUUUGUGGGAUCAUGUGAGGUGAAAAACUCAUACUUUCAUAUAUUAAUGAAAUGAUUUGAGCUGUAGAAAUUUGCCUUCACACUAAAUUUUAUGACAAACCUUCAUUAAACCUCUGCAGCAGGUUUAAGUUAAA